AUUGUUUAGAUGUAUUUAUUUGUCCAGCGUGUGGUGCGCGUGUGGCGUGCGUGCAAAGUUUACUCCGGAACGUGUAGGGUCGGGGAUGGUUUCCCGAUUUUCUCACGUUUAGUGAACAAUGAAGCGUGCAAUACAGCUUGGUGUAAGAACAGUCUACAAGUCUAGAAACCUCAGGGUGAUUGCGACGAGCCAUUCCUUCGCAAAGAACUACGCAACCGCUGCCGAAACAUCGACGCCACAGGACAAGCAACACAACGACGCCGACACGCUCACUUCUGUAGUAUCGCGGGUGAAACGCGACGUUGUCAAGGAGAUACCCCAUUUUGAGCAUACUUCGGGACGCUCGUUCGAACGCGUGAUAAGUACCCUGCAUCAAAACGGCUUCCACGACUCCGCGAUCGUCAACGUGAUUACGGGAGCUCCCCGCAUCGUCGAGUUGAGCGAUUCGCUGAGCGACAUCCUAGCCUACUGGCGAUCCCUGUUCUUGAAAGAGGACGCGUUCUUCGACGUCAUCGCCUCGGUUCCUGACCUACUCUACCUAAAGCCGUCCGCAGUCGAAGAAAGGAAGGCGCAACUCUUCACAAUCUUCCCUCAAAAGGACAUUUUCCGACUGCUCGCAGAGUGUCCCGACGCCUACACGGACGACUGGGACUCCAUCAUGGCCAAGAUCAACUACAUCGUGCAUACCAUGGGCAUAAGCCAGGGGGAGGUAGCCAAGGGCGACAUUCUGGCUUACAGUUUGCUUCACAUCAAGACGAGGCACCAAUUUCUCCUCCGCUGUGGCAAGUACAGGACUCCGAAGCCCAAGGAGAGAAUAACGAAGAACCCCUCGCUCCACAAGAUUGUGAAGACGCCAGUGGAGAACUUUGUCCGCUUCGCCGGCCUUACCAUGGAAGAGUACCAGGUGUUUGAAAAGUUGAUGGAGCUGGAGGCCGACCGGGAAGAUGAGGAGUUCUACGAUGAGGUGUUUACAUAGAUUCUUUCAGAUUGCGUGUUAGUUAAUAAAUCUGUUAAGUAGGUA